AUGAUUACAUUUUUUGUUAUUUAUGAAUGGACAUGGCUAAAUUUAUUCAUUGAUAUUCUACAUAAUCGUUCAUCAAUUAAUGAAUUUUUUCAAAAAAAUUGGCAUUAUAAUGAUCGACAACAUUUUAAUUCUGAUGAACUGUUUCAUCUAUUAUUAUACUAUAUUGAUGGUCGUAUUAAUCUAAUUGGAAUCAUGAUUAUUUUGCCAUUGGUAACAAUGGCUACUAUACAGGCAUCAUUAGUUAUUGGUCAUCUAUUAUUUUCAAUCAAUUUUCUUGUAUUUUUAUUGAAAUUUUUUAAGAUUCGAAUACAAAAACUUUUUCAUUUAUCACAAACAAUAUCAAAUAAAUCUUCUAAAACACAAAAACUAUUCUGGAAUUAUUUUCAUAGACAAUAUGUUGAACUUUAUAGUGAGAUUGUACGAUUAAAUCGUACAGUAAAAAUUAUUAUAUUCGAUAUGGAAAUAAAUUCAAAAUUAGCAUUAAUUUUCGCAUGUGUAUUUUUAAGUCGACAAACCUAUCUAAAUUUAUUCAGUAUCUCAGUCAUAAUGACUAUAUUUUCAAGAUUUAUAUUAACAAUAAUGUUUUAUGAAUUUUCAUCACGUUUACCAUCAUAUAAUCAACUUUGUUGUCAAUCAAUUAUAAAAGGAUUAUCUCGAUCACAAUUUUCAAUGUCGAAUCGAUUUUUUGAUCAACAUUUUAAACGAAAUCAAAAAACCAAGGAUUCUGUUCGUAAAAAUCUAUUUGUACAAACAAUGUCAGCAAAUAAAUUUGGUUUUACUUGUGGACAAUUGUUUUUCAUAACCAAAUACAAAUAUAUUCAGCUAUUAAUUAUGAAUUUUCAUUUAAUGAUAAAAUUUUAUAAAAAAUUAUGUCUUUCAUCAUCGACCAAAUCUUUUGGUUUGCCACAAUAG